GAUGAAUGAAAGUCAAAAUUCAAGUUUAUUAAAGUUAAUAUUUAUUUACAGAGUUUUAUGAUUUUUCCGAAAUACAAAACCGAUUCCAUGUAGUGACGAGUUAUAUCCUAUUUUUCUACCAUACAUAAAUACAUGAUGGACAAUUAAAUCGAGAGAAUUAAUUACUACAAGUGUCCCAUGAAAAGGAAGGUUUGUGCCGUCGUGUAUUUAUGAAUCAUAACUUGUGAUAGUUUACUGUGAGAUUUAUUCCAUUUAAGAAUGUAGUUGCAAUACAACUAAUAAAAAAACACUUAACUAAAUACGUGCGGGCCAAGCAGAUUCGUAAUAAUUCGUUUAUGUUCAGUCUGCUACAUACUCUGCUCAACAAGUGGUUGGUUAUAAUAUAAUUUUUCCGGUUUUGUUAUACACUUUGAAUAGUUAAAUUAACUCUAGUGCUAGUUCUAUUUUAAAUGGCCGGCACGAUGGAGAAUUUUCCUCCCCUCUUGAACGACGCGAUAAUCAAGGCAGCCCUGGGGAAAAAACCUCAUCGUAUUCCGAUCUGGAUUAUGCGACAGGCAGGAAGGUAUUUGCCAGAGUUUCAAGAAGUCAGGAAAGAACACGAAUUCUUUGAAAUCGUUCACGACCCUGUGCUCGCCUGUAAGGUCACUUUGCAACCCAUUCAACGAUACGACCUCGACGCAGCCAUUAUUUUUUCGGACAUUCUCGUCAUUCCAGCCGCGCUUGGGAUGGAAGUGAAAAUGCUGCCAGGAACGGGUCCCUCCUUCACGUCCCCCUUGAAAAGUCCGGCCGACAUUGAGGACCUGAAUUGGAAACUCGACGUGACCGAAAAGAUGAAAGGGACUCUGCAAGCGAUCACUCUUACGAGGAAAAAGCUCGAGGGGAAAGUUCCUCUCCUCGGAUUUGUAGGGGCUCCGUGGACCCUUAUGAGUUACAUGAUCGAAGGGACGGGAAGUCGAACGUUGACGAAAUCAAAGGCCUGGUUGUACAAAUACCCAGAAGAAUCUAAAAACCUCCUCGACAAAUUGACUGGCGUUGUCGUUCUUUACCUCGUCGAACAGGUCAAAGCUGGCGCACAGAUGCUGCAAGUGUUUGAAUCGCACGCCGAUUUGCUCAGCCCUGACCUCUUUGACAGGUUUUGUAAGGGCACUUUAGCCCGGAUUUUGUCCGAGACGAAGAGACAAUUACUCGCGUGUGGGAUAAGCGACAUCCCAAUGACCAUCUUUGCUAAAGGGGGACACUACGCUUUGCACGAGAUCAGUAAACUUGGCUACGACGUGGUAGGAGUCGAUUGGACUGUUACCCCCAAAGUUGCGAGAUCUUUGACCAUUCCUAGCACCGUUCUACAGGGAAAUUUAGAUCCUGUCGCUCUUUUUGGAUCAAAGGAGUCUAUCAAACUGAAUGUGGACGAUAUGAUUAAAGGUUUCGGGACAAAUCAGUACAUUUGCAACCUGGGACAUGGAAUAUAUCCCGAAACACCGACCGAAAACGUUCAAACUUUUAUCGACGCGGUCAGAACCUUCAAAAUUGAAUAAUUACCAAAUAUGUAAUAACUAAAACGAAUGGCAAAUAAAUAUUGUUAUGAAACAGAAC